CGUAUUAAUAGUCCCUCUCUCACUUAUUAUCCUCUCAAAAUCGUUUCUCCUCUCAAAACAAAAAACAAAGAGAACGCAUUAAAACGCUCCGACAGAAUUCAAACAAAAAAAAAAGAGAUCCGACGAUGUCUGGUUCGACCCGAAAAGAAACUGAUCGGAUAAAAGGUCCAUGGAGUCCCGAAGAAGACGAGCUCUUGCAGACGCUAGUGCAAAAACACGGACCAAGAAACUGGUCUCUGAUAAGCAAACCUAUCUCUGGACGUUCCGGUAAAUCUUGCCGUCUCCGUUGGUGCAACCAGCUCUCUCCGGAGGUUGAGCACCGUUCUUUUUCGCCGGAGGAAGACGAGACGAUCUUACACGCGCACGCUCGGUUCGGUAACAAGUGGGCCACUAUCGCUCGGCUUCUCAAUGGUCGCACCGAUAACGCGAUCAAGAAUCACUGGAACUCUACGUUGAAGCGGAAAUGCAGAGGUGGUUGGACGUCCGACGACGGUGGAAACGGAGGGUAUGAUGGUAAUUUAACGGAUGAGCAGCCGUUGAAACGGACAGCGAGCGGUGGUGGAGGAGGAAUUGUGUCGACGGGGUUGUUUAUGAAUCCCGGAAGUCCAUCGGGAUCUAACGUCAGCGAGCAAUCUAGUGGAACUGUUUUGCAUGUUUAUAAGCCGACGGCGAGACCUGGUGCUGUGGUGAUUGAAUCGACGGUGAAAGAUCCGGCGACUUCUCUGAGUUUGUCUCUGCCUUGUGUCAACGAGUCAACUCAAAGAAAAGACACGGCGGAGCUGUUUCCGGUGAGGAAACAAGAGGAGGAGAGGGAGAGAUUUAAUGGGGACUUCAUGACGGUGGUGCAGGAGAUGAUUAAGACGGAGGUGAGGAGUUACAUGGCGGGUUUACAGCUAGGAAACGGCGGAGGAGGAAGUGGUUCGUGUGUGGUGCAAGGAGUUAAUGGGCCUAGUGUAGGGUUUAGGAACUUUAUUGAGAUUGUGAAGAUUGAGUAGUGAGAGAGAUGAAAUAAUACUAAAGAGUUCUAUU